GUUGACCUCCACAAGCGCUCGCUAAUUCUUACGUCCGACGCGACGCUCGUCACGUGCGCGCCGACGCGUCCUCGCGCGGCGAGCUCAGGCUGCCUGCUCGUUGCUGGCUCCUGUUCGUAACCACCAUGAAGUCCAUACUCGCCUUUGUUUCUCUUGCCUGUGCUGUCGCCGCGAUUCCAGCUCAGUCUCCGUUGCUUGUGAAUGAGCCUAUAGAUGCUGAUUUCCAUGUCGACGGCUUUGACAUCGACCUCAGCAGCCGCAGGCUCGUCCAAAUGGAGGGCCAGCCUCCUGUUUGGAUGACGGAGUUGGAUAAGAUUGAAACCAAGGCACAGGGGCUCAAGUUCUUUGAUAUCACCGAUGCCCCCGACUUAGGCUCUUCUGCUCGUCUCCGGGUGCAACAGAGCUUCCCUACCCCGAACGCCACCGAACAGGUCAAGGGCGUCUUGAAGACUCUUUCGACCGACGGGCCUAUCGAGAACCUUGAGAAGUUCUCCAGUUUCCGUACCAGAUAUUAUCGCAGUGACACGGGUCGACAAAGCCAACAAUGGCUAGCUUCGAAGAUAUCGAAGAUAACCGAAGCUAGUGCUCCCGAGAGCCUUCAGAAUCUCAUUACCCAGACUGAGUUCUCUCAUUCUUGGGGCCAGAACUCCAUCAUUGUCCGUAUCAAUGGCUCUGCUCCGGUCGAUGAGGGUAUCGUCAUCAUCUCUGCUCACCAGGACAGCACCAAUAUGUGGCCCUUCUUGCCUGCCCCGGGUGCAGAUGAUGAUGGCUCUGGAACAGUCACGAUUCUCGAGGCCUAUCGGGCUUUGAUCACUUCGGACUUCCGUCCCGUGCAACACGUUGAGUUCCACUGGUAUUCAGCCGAGGAAGGUGGACUUCUUGGAUCCCAAGCUGUCGCCAAAGACUACGAAGCGCGGUCCGCUAAUGUGAUCGCUCAGAGUCAGUUCGACAUGACGGCGUGGGUCAAGCGCGGUACCAAAGAGGAAGUGGGGAUCAUCACUGACUAUGUUGAUUCGGGCUUGACCGAUUUCAACAAGAAGUUGGUUGAUUCGUACCUGGAGAUCCCUUACGUCGAGACCAAAUGUGGAUAUGCUUGCAGUGACCAUGCCUCAUGGGGUAAGGCAGGAUACCCCAGCUCCUUCACCAUCGAGAGCACCUUUGAGAACUCGAACAAGAACAUCCACUCGGCUAACGACCGCAUCGACGUUUCCGACGAAUUCAGCUUCACUCACAUGCUUGAGUUCUCUAAGCUCGCUGUCGCCUUCGCCAUCGAGCUCGGCGGUUGGACCAAGAGCGACUAAGGUAAUUGCUCCGUCGCUUUCGUUUGCUUUCAACGUGCUUCAUACGGACCGAAACGUUCUGCGUCAUGCUUUGUAGAAUAUACAUGGAUGGAUCUCAUGAUAAUGACCCGUGAUCGGGCUUUGGAACG